AAUUAAUGGAAAAAGAUAGAAUGAGCGAUAAAGUUUUGAAUGAGAAGAGAAAGACUACCCUAAAAUCCCAGAAAAUAUCAUGAUUAAGAAGCCUCAAAAUUUUAAUGAUUCUUAAAUUAUUAUUGAUGUGAGUGCAGAUUGCAAAGUCAUCGUCAAUCCAAUGACCUAACACUGUAACAAUUUCAAAUCCUGAGUACCUUAUAUACACAACUUUCAACACCACAGAUACCACAUUUUCUCACAUAAAGGCUACUCUAGGCCCUUCGGGAGCAACUUACUAUGCUUCUGCUUCAGGGACGCAAACUGUAGUAUUUAGCAAAGAAGACACCACCGGAAAUAUUGUGUGGUCGAAGUCCUAUAACCCCUUAAAAAUCUUUCAGAAGGGAUUCAUGAUAUCAUGGGAUGAAGAAACACUUUAUGCCAUGAGUGACUCAAGCACCACUAGCAUAGCAAUUUACAAGAUAAGCCCCUCUACUGGAGAGCUUGUUAAAAAAUAUGAAGAGACUAACCACAGAAGUUACGCAAGUUCCAGAACAAUGUGGAGCAAAUUUCAGUUAUCUCCUGAUAAUACGGUGAUGUUCUAUACAGCAGUGACUUCAGCUCAUAAAGGAGUGCUAUGAAAAUUUACAGUAACUGGCACAACUUCUGAUUGUUUUGAAGCUGGAAAUUUACAAGACUUGACCACUCUUUUGUAUGUAAACUCUACACAUUUAUUCAUCACAGCAAGAGAUAUUAGCACAUACAGACCGAUAAUUGCCAUGGUUGAGUGGGGCCAGACUACUCCUGCCUGGCAAAAUAGAAGAGGCUGUUAUCCAGCAAGUGCUUGUGAAGUCAGACUUGGAAGUGCCAUGCUGAGUGCAGACAAAACAAAAAUCUAUAGCUUUUUCGCUCAAAACUCAGCGAGGUACCUUACAUUCGCAAUAUAUAAUGUUGAUACUGGUGCCAUAGUAGGCCAAAGGUAUACAACAAACACCAAUACUUUCCAAGGAUGAUGGGAUGUACAGCUUCGUGGAGAUAUUCUCUACUGCCUUGUAUAUCAAAACUCAUAUGCAGAACUCUACACUUACAAUAUAGCUUCUGAUAGCUGGCUUGAUUAUUUCAGGACAGAUUCACCAUUCGGAAGCCUCCUCGAAAACAGCCAAAGAGAUGUAAUUAUUGUGUAUGGACAGAAAAAUAAUAAAGCAUAUAAAAUAGGAUUUUACAGAGAAAAUGCCACAACACAUGAAUCAGUCUCUGCAUCAACGUAUAGCAUGGUGGCUGCAAGCGCAGCUCAUUCAGAAGAAGUAGGGGGAUCCUGGAUUACUUUUGGUUCAAUCUACAAUGUUGCAAUGACUGAAUAUGAUUCUUCUAAUGCUACAGAAACAAUUUCAGAUGUUCAGUUUAUCAUUGACAACACAAACAGCUGGGAGACAAACAUUUUUGAAAAUGCUACAGCUGCGAUUGUUAAUUUCACUUCUGAGGAUAAAAUAUCUAUUGAUCCAAACUGAACAUGAACUACCACUCCUGAGAGAACUGAUAUCACAUAUGCUAUUGAAAGUAAUAAUGGAGAGAUUAUCCCAGACUGGAUUGAAUUGAAUAUGACAUCAAAGAAAUAUGAAGGGAUAGUUCCUAAUGUUACUAGUACAACUAAUUAUACCUUUGUGUUGAAAUCAACUUGGACAACUAAACCAGCAGGAAGUUCUCAGCAAAUAGUCACAUUCACAAUAGCUCCGAAGCCAGUAGCAAAUACAACUGAACCUGAAGAAGAGCCUAUUGCUUUGUCUUCAGCUGCUGCUGCGGCAACAGCAGGUGCUGCAGGUGGAGGUGCAGCAGCAGUUGCAGUUUCUGCCGCUAGUGGGAGUCCUCCUACUGCUGUAUACUUUAUCCUCCACCAACUUCAGCUAAUUAUCUUAUGCUUAAUGAUAGAUCCAUACAUUCCAAACUCGAUGAAAGCUUAUCUUGAAGGCCAAAGCUUUGCUCUAGUAAAUUUCAACUUUAUCCCGACUACAGAGUUGCCUGGAAUUGAUAUCCCAGUAGGUUGGAUGCAUGGAGAGCAAGCUAAUGAAAUACUAGUUACAUUAGGCAUUGAAUCAAAGAGCACUUUUGUUAAUAAUAUGUCACUAUUCAUCUUCAUUUUCUCCUUGGUUACCCUCCAUCUGCUGCUAAGAUUUGUACUUAUCUGAGGAUCAAGAGACCCAGAGACUCAAAAUAGGUUUUUUAAGUUCUGGAACUGGCUCAGAUUGAAAAUUCUUGACAUUAUUAAGUAUGCACUUUACAUGAGGCUUUUAAUAGAGUCCCACGAAGCACUAAUGCUUUCUUCUUGAUCUGAAAUUUAUGAGUGGGAAUUAAACACCUUCUCUAGUUAUGUAUCCAUGGUGGUAGCUAUUUUUAUACUGAUAGUGAGCCUGUUGCUCCCAUUUCUAGCUUUCUAUGCCUUCUGGAGGUACAGAAACCAUUUCGACCCAGAUAAGAAGUUCAUCUUAAUGGAAUUCCUGUCCGAUCUCAGGAAUGCUAAAGUUGCUAGGAUUUACAUGACCCUUAUGCUCGUUAGAAGAAUCAUCUUUGUAUGUGUGGUGAUAUUUCUGAUUGCAAUUCCAAGAGAAUUCAUCUACAGCAUCUUGAUAAUCACUCAGUUUGCCUAUAUGGUGAUUCUUGCGAUAAUUAGGCCAUUUGACAAUGUGAUUAACAAUAUUCUAGAGUACAUCAAUGAAGUGUUCCUUUUCAUUGUUAUCUGCAUCCUACUGUCUUAUGACAAAGAGUCUAAGUGGACAGAUGCAGCAGAAAGCCGACUCCUCACUGUGCUAAUGAUAAACGGAUACUUAAUCUUAGCCGUAAUGAUCGUUGGAUUUAUCAUAGUAAUCAUCCAAAAAUGAUGCAUUAAGAAGAAAGAGAGAAAGGAGCUUUACCAGCAAAGCAACUCAUGUCAAGACAAUGAGACUGGAGAGCAAAAAAAGCCUAACGAGCAUACAUUAAAGACCAACCUGCAGUGCCAUGAGGAAGAAGAAAAAGUAGCUGAAAUAAAUACAGAAAAUUACAGAAUGAAGUUUAAAUUGGGAACACCAGAGCGCGGACAUUUUGAAAGUGAAGAAAUGGAAUAAAUUAAAAACCACUAAUCUCUCUG